UCACUCGAUCGUCGAAUCGUCUGUGGCCUGUCGCUUAUCACGUCCAGGAAAUCAACGUGCGAAACAACAAACCGGCAAACCUAAACCCCACCAGCCAGUAGUAGUGGUAGCCUGUUCGUGUUGGCGUGGCGUGCGCAGACGACGCCACCGGUCGCCGAACGUUGAAUCGUUACGCGAAAACUUUACCAUGUUCUUGAUCUACGUGCUCGUCGGUUUGGUAGCGGGAGCUGGGCCGGUUUCAGCUAGCUGUACAGUGCCUACCAAACACUACACCACCCUUGGCUGUGAACCAAGCGAAGAGCUCAACCGGGAAGGAUGUCCACGGUGGUUCAACUGUUCGACGCUGGAGCAUCGCGCUAGUGAUAAGUGUUAUCUGUACGGGAAGACGUACGAACUGCACGCGCACGUUCCGGACGAGAAGGUGAAGUCGUCCUGCUUGGCAUUGUGCACUUGUCAAAUGAAUGCGGGUCGAGGUGUGGCCGAGUUUCACUGCGCCCACAUCGACUGUCCGGAGUUCUUAUCGCCACACCGGGCCGGCUGUGUGCGCCAGUAUCGCACCAACGAUUGCUGCUCAUCGCGGCAAGCGUGCGGCGAAAAGCGGACCCAUCUGCCCAAGUGUACCGUCGGCAGUGUGACGUACUACGAGGGCGAACGGAUGCAGUUUAGGGACGAUCCUUGCCUCACGUGCAUAUGCACACAGCACUUCAACGAGAGUGAUCCGUACGGGCGGACAAAGUGCUACACGAACGAGUGUGCCUUUGAGCUGAUUUCGCCCUCGGUCAUCGCAAACGGAGGCGCACCGGUGUACUACGGCAAGCGAUGCUGUCCUUGGGAGUGGCGGCUGCCAAAAUCCGACGAUCGUAUCAAUCGUUCCGUGGUUCCGAGAACUUCGGAUGGAGCAACGAUCGAGCAGCAGUGGUGCAUCUACGGCAACUUAACCUUACGCGUUGGUGAGUCAUUAGUUCCCGAGGUUACGUCUGUGGGGAUUUACGACUGUUUCUGUGCCAUUCCGCCGAUGGUGCACUGUACCUUGACGGCUGCGUAGCGGAAGAUCUUCAUGUUGAUCGUGAUAUGACAGAUAAUAUGUAUUUUACUCCUAUUUUACCACUGUAACUCUUAUUUUGCUCAAUAAACGUGUGCAUUUCUGAUAUA